ACAAAGCAGCGCUGUAACCAAACACGGCCCUGUGAUUUCGGAUUUAUGUAGGCCACCAUUUCACAGAUUUCCGCACGCAGCCCGGAUGACUCUUGUCUGCUGCUCACACACAUCAUCACAGUCCAUUGUGAGCGGAGGUGCGCGGGCAGUGCAGAACCUACGAGCUACGGUCGCGUUUGUUUAGAAUCUCACGAGCUGAACAUUUAAACCGGAUCAGUGUGUGUAAAGUCGGAUUUCUCGCUGUCGGUAUGUGUGAACCGUGCUAUUUGUCUCAGCUGGCCUGCUGCUGUGGAUCGGCUGCCUGCUCCCUGUGCUGCGGCUGCUGUCCCAAGAUCAAACAGUCCACCUCGACACGCUUCAUGUACACCCUCUUCUUCAUGUUGGUCACGGUGACCUGUGUCAUCAUGAUGUCCCCCACUGUGGAGACAGCAAUGCAAGAAAAUAUUCCUUUCUACACCGAAAUGUGCAAUAAGCUCAAUGCGGGGGAGAAUUGCAGUACCCUAGUGGGCUAUUCUGCCGUGUAUAAAGUCUGUUUCGGCAUGGCCUGCUUUUUCUUCUUAUUCUCUGUGUUCACCAUUCGUGUGCGAACCAGCACGGGAUGCCGGGCGGCUGUUCACAACGGGUUCUGGUUCUUUAAGUUUGUGGCUUUGCUGGCCUGCUGUGCAGGCGGAUUCUUUCUCCCAAAUCAAGAAAGGUUUCUAGAAGUCUGGCGUUAUGUGGGGGCUGCUGGAGGUUUUCUCUUUAUUAUCAUCCAGUUGAUGCUUCUCGUUCAGUUUGCCCACAGAUGGAAUCAAAACUGGAGCUCAGGAGUUAAGUAUAAUAAAAUCUGGUAUGCAGCGCUGGCUCUGGUCACACUGGUGCUGUUCUCCGUGGCAGUGGGAGCCUUGGUGUUUAUGAUCAUGUUCUACACGGACCCAGAAGCCUGCUUCCUCAACAAGCUCUUCCUGGGUGUCAACGGCGGCCUGUGCUUCAUCGUGUCUCUGCUGGCUAUCUCGCCCUGCAUUCAGACCUUCCAGCCCACUUCAGGUCUGCUGCAGUCCGCGAUCAUCUCUGUCUACGUCAUGUACCUCACCUUCUCAGCACUCGCCAGCAAACCCAUUGAAAUGGUGGAGCGAAAUGGAAAAAAUGUCACUGUCUGCGUCUUUCCCUACAAUUCAGGACUGCAGAGCGAGACUAACAUAGUGACGGGCAUCGGAACGGCCAUACUGUUCGGCUGUAUACUCUACUCUUGUUUGAUCUCCACCACCAAGAGGAGCUCAACAGCCUUGCAGGUGUACAGGAACGAUAUGCCCGAAAAUGAGAGAGCUCGCUGCUGCUUCUGCUGUGUUGAUGAUACAGAGGACUAUGAUGAUGAGAAGACUGCUGGAGGGCAGAAUGUGAAGUAUGAUGAGAGAGACGGCACAAUCUACAGCUACUGCUAUUUCCAUUUUGUUUUCUUUCUCGGCUCCCUCUACGUCAUGAUGACUGUAACCAACUGGUUUCAUUAUGAGAACGCAAAGAUCGAGAGGCUGCUGGAGGGGAGCUGGUCAGUGUUCUGGAUCAAGAUGGCAUCCUGUUGGGUCUGUUUAUUUCUGUACAUGUGGACCCUGUUGGUCCCCAUGCUCUUCCCAAAGAGAUUCCAAGCCUAGAAACCCUUCACGCAUGUUCCAGUAUCACCACUGUCCACUUACAACUACUGUGUGUGUGUGUGUGUGAAAGAGAGUUUUGUUUGUUUUUAAUGUUUUUUGUUUGUUUUAUUAGUUUAAGUAUAGUAAAAGCUUUUGAUUUCUCAAAAGCUGCUUAUGUGUUUUGUCUUUAAAUGCAGUUUUAUGGAAACGUGUUACAGAAAUCAUGUUAUGGUUACUCUCAUGCUGAUGUAGGGCUAUUGUUUUCCUCAUUACAUGAAGGUAUAAAAACAAAGCAUUGCUCAGGCUCACACAUCACCUGUAAGUGUCUUGCUUGUUAACGCCUUUCCUUUUGGUAGCUGAAGAAUUCUAUGCAAAUCAACAAACCAUCUGUGAUUUUCAUUCAUUUAUUUGUCUGCCUUUUUGAAAAGUUUUCAAAUGUGUUUUAUAGUUGUAUUUCACUUCAAGGGUGUUUCACUAAGGUAACAAGACUUCUUAUUUGAAUAAAUGUAUCUAUUUAUUUAAUAGAGAUAUCUCUCCUGAUUAGUUAGGACACUGCUGCCUUGCAAAACCACCACACCACCAAUGGCACUCAUGGAAACAUGAUCAAAACCAGCUGAGAAAUUACUGUGCAAGAUUAUUCCUAUAAGAAAGUACUCCAGUGAGAUGUCUUGUUACUGUAUUUAUUGAAGCACCCUCAUAACUUCCUUAUAAAACUGCACCAAAACAAUAUUUCCAAGUAAGUCAGCAACAUUCCUGAAGUUUCCUCUUUUUCGGCUUCAUCUUAAAUCUCAGGUAGUCUACAUUUUGAGCAUACUGGUGUUUCCAGUGAAUCACACCAUUCUAAGGAAAGCAUGUGACUGCCGUUCCCAGUAAAUGUUCUUAUGAUGAUUUGAAAUGGGAGGGCAAAGCCAAGGCCACAUCGUUAUACCCCAAAAACCUAAACUGCCACACAGAUUGUUAUAUGGCCCACAGCAACACUGAAGCUAUAGUUUAUUUCUUUCUUAUUUUUCGAUUUUUGUUACAAUUUAAAUGGUGCUUUAGACCACGGAUGUCCUAUACUAUUUUAUUCCAGCUCAUGCACUAGACUUGCAAGCAUGCCAUUUGUCAAAGAACAAGUUUUUGUUAAGCAUUGUUACAGCUGUGUACAGCUAUUCUAUUGAAUUUUUCAGAGGUUUUUGUUGCUAGAAGUGCAUGUCUGUACAUCUUGUUUGUGGUGUUUAAUUUACAGUUUACAGGAGCUGCCCGUAUUAGAUGUAUUGCAGCACUCCUGAUGCUCCCUGGUAGAAAAAAAAAGUGGUUGUUGUUGAUGAAGGAAAUACAAUCUAGAACUGGAAUUAUUUGACAUUUUAUGGUUAUUUCCUGUGUAGCAGUUGUAGCUGUCCUAAAUGCUUUGACGAACCAAAAUCUCUUUUACUACAAUUGGAGCUGGCACGGCUUUACUUUCGGUUUGUGAUCUGAACAACUUCUCCUAAAGCUGAAGAAUCUGUCUGGUGAUAAAAAAAAAAGAGCUUGUUUAUACAAAUCAAAAUUAGCAAAUAGUUGACUUAAAUGCUACAUGAUACAGCUGCAUUAAGUUAAAAGCAUACUGUUUUAUGCAACCCUUAUUUGUUGCUCAGUAUUUAGUUUAAAAGUGUUUGUCUGAAUUAAACAUUAUGCUUUCCUUUAUUUACAAAGAUGUGCUUUAUGUAAAUAGUCCAUUGUAAAGAUGACCACUAGGUGUACUCAUAAUAUUGCAAAAAAUGUAAUCUUGCGCUUUGUGUUGUUCUAAUUUCACAUGGGAGACAUUAUAAUCCAAAAAUAUGUACAGUAAGUUUACAAACAACUCUUUUUUUUUUUUUUUUCCCAUUUAUAUGCCUUGAAUUUUCUUUAUUAUUAUUAUUAACGUUUUCUCAUUUCAAUACGUUCCAUGAAGGGUCAUAUGAGUUUAACUGUUGCAGGAUGAAUAUUCUUUUUAGUGUUUUUAUUGAUAUUGCCAGUUCUUUCAAUAAAAAGACAAAUGAAUAAAAUGGUGUAGUCUAUUAAAUUUUUUUUUUAUGUUUUAUAUAUGAAAGUUUUGUCAUUUGUAGUCACAGAACGGAGACAACUAACACAUGUACUAUAU